AACAGUAACAAUUUGUUACCUGGUGUGGCUGUGUGCUGUCUGCCUUAUCGACACUUUUUUUUUUUUUUCUCUAUCAGUGACAGGUAGCAGUGAACUCGUGUGACAGUAAACAUCAGUAAACCUGGGCUUUACUUGACUUUGGGGGACACUGAAAAUGCAACAUCUUCUGACCCUGCUGCUUCUUAUUUGUCUCUGGUGUUUUUGAGAGUGCCAUCCAUAGUAAUGUUUAUGUCUGGAAUGCUUUAUUCUGAUUUUUAGCGCAGUGUAUAAACCAGACAAACACAGUACACUCAACCAUUAUUGCAAAUUAUUUUCUUUUACAAAGAACCGUAUAUGUGAGCAGUAUACACCUGAGAUAUAGUAGUAGUAUUGUCAUGUAACAGACUGAACCAGAGUGGGGGACAAACAAAUCCCAUUCAGUUUGUGUGAUUGCCAGCCUUCUAAAAUUCCAGGUUCUAUGUGUUUAAUAAAGAAAAGGGUUUUUGGUUCACAGCUGAAACACCAGUAAAAUGUAAAAUUGAGUUAUAUUGAAUUGCCAUGUCUUUACACCACAAACAUCUUAGUUAAAAGAUCUCCUCUCUGGUGUACUGCCAGUGAUGAGCUGCAAAUCUGCGGUCUCUGGCUCAGAAGUGAGCGCUUUUCAGUAUGAGCUAAAAGUAGAGUUCCCUCUGUCAGCUGCGUACAGCCUAGCUCUGAACACUGUGAGUGCUGCACUUUCCUGCUGACUACACCUUCAUAUUUUGCGCAGCAUCAACGCUUCAAUCCACCCAUCCACAGUGCAAAUCCCUUCCGCGUCACCAGUUGAAUAGCUGUGGACUCAAAUCAUCUUGGUUGCAUCACACCAAGGCUAUCUCUUAAGAGUCUAGCUGACACUUGAACCUAUCAACAUGUUUCAUGCUGUUUCCUCCAAUGCUGGGAUCGGAGGAGGUGGGGGCAGCGGAGGAGUAAAUAAACCAGAACUGUAUGAGGAAGUGAAGUUAUACAAAAAUGCAAGGGAACGUGAGAAGUAUGACAAUAUGGCUGAACUGUUUGCUGUAGUAAAAACUCUCCAAGCCCUAGAAAAGGCAUAUAUCAAGGACUGUGUUACCCCAAAUGAAUAUACUGGUGCCUGCUCCAGACUACUGGUUCAAUACAAGGCUGCUUUCAAGCAAGUACAGGGUUGUGAUGUGGGUACCAUUGAUGAUUUCUGUAGGAAGUUCAGGCUCGAUUGCCCAUUGGCAAUGGAAAGAAUUAAAGAAGAUCGUCCAAUUACUAUCAAAGAUGACAAAGGCAAUCUCAACCGGUGCAUUGCUGACAUUGUUUCACUCUUCAUUACAGUAAUGGAUAAACUGCGAUUAGAGAUAAGAGCCAUGGAUGAGAUCCAACCAGAUUUGAGGGAGUUAAUGGAGACAAUGAACAGGAUGAGCAACAUGCCUGUUGAUUUUGAAGCAAAAGAGAAAGUCAGCUUGUGGUUGGCAACACUCAGUGGGAUGUCUGCUGCUGAUGAGUUAGACGAUUCCCAGGUCCGGCAGAUGUUGUUUGAUUUGGAAUCUGCAUACAAUGCUUUUAACCGCUUCCUGCACUCUUCUUAGAUAACAUCUUUGGAGUGUCCUGGAGUCGAUGUCAAGAUGUUUGCCUGCACCUUUGGAUUUUAUUUUCAAGUUUGCAGGAUUCAGUACCAUUUAUACAUUUUCCAAUUAGUUAAUCCCUCAGUUUUUAUUCACAGAGAUUUAUAACUGUAAAGACAUUGUAAAAUGUAAUUACAGUAUUACUAUUUUACGAAAGGGGCUUAUGGUGUAUCAUUAACAUGAAGUAAUCUGAUAAACACAACUGCAUCACCCUUUUUUCCUGUAAAACUUUAAAUUGUUGGCCACCAGGAUGCGCUGUGCAUUAACUUUUACUUUAAAAUAAAAUGAGUGCAGGAAUACCUUUAGACGAUAAGCAUUGUAAUCACAGUCAAAAAGCCAAUCAAAGACAUAUUUUUAUUAUUUUCUGUAACUCUUAUAUUGCUAAUAUCAUUUUGGUUUCUUGUAUAUUAAAUAGAACUAAUAUGGCAGGCAUAACACCCAGCAGUUGACAGUAAUGUCAACGGAUCAGUCUGCCAGUAGAAUCAUAGUUUGAUAGCUGCUAUUAAUACAUUUUUACCACAUAUUUCAAAUAUAUUUUCACUUAUUACUAUACAUUCAAGUGUAAUUUGGACGUCUGGUGUCAGAAGAAGGAGGAUGGCUGUUUAUGAGCGUGAAACUAAGUGACUCCGUGAUAAGACUUUUGUAUUUUUUCUAACUUUCAGGGAUUUGCACUUGGGUGUCAGAAAUAUUUUAUAUUGUUUAAAUAUCUGGAAAGUUUAAAGAUAACAAAAUUUGUCCCAUGAAUGCUGUGCACUCAGCAUUUUGUUGUGAGAUUUGUGUAAAUUGUAACUUGUUUACUAUAAGGAGAAUUGAGUUAUAAAUCCUUACACAAAUGUGCCAUCAGAUACAAAGUCCCUAAUCAAUAGCUUUGAAAUUCAGUAAUUGAUUUAAUUGUAUUUAUUUAUAGGAAGGGUCUCUGAAACCUUGUAAAUAAAAAGUAUUGAAUUAAAAUUGAAAAUCUA